GCAAUAAUUUUUGGCAGUUAUCUUUUAACUAAGAACCAGAUCGGUUGUGAAACAUUUUCGGUGAUUUUGUUUAAAAUUUUCGACUUCUUCAUAAAUUGAGUAUAUAUUCAAUUUAUAAAUUUUAAGUGUAAUGGUAAUUGUUAUGGUAAACACAACGACAUUAAUUCGACUGGCCGCUAAAUUCUCCGGCGCUUAUGUUCUACACAAUCGUCUUCCAUAAAUAUGUAAAUGAAAGUAAAAUUUGAUAUUUGAAUGAAAGAGCAAAAAUCGUAAAUUUAAUUAAAUAAAAAAUUGGAAAAAAACAUAUUUUUUUUCAUCAAAAUAUAAAUUAUUCAAAAAGAGAGCAAAAUGCCUGUACGAUUAAAUUUGAUUUUUGCUUCAUCGACAAAUCUUGGUAAUAGUCAUGAGACUGACUCAAAUGUACCAUCAGCCAACCGCAUUGUCUCAGAUUCAGACAAUUAUAAGAGAAAAUCUGAAGUGCCGCUGAUCGACGUUGCCGUUGCUAUCAUCUGUUUUUCACUGCUCAUAUCGUUAGCCCUGCUAAUUGAUGCAAAUAUGCAAGAAGCAAUCACCAAUGAAAAUCACAACCAAAUGGUAGCCCUAUCUCUCAUAAUCGCAUUCCUCCUUGUCAGUAUUUUUGUGUGCAUCUAUGCGACACAUCGAAUGGGAGUGUGCAUGUGGACGGGACCGUUGCAGAGUUCAUCAGACGAUGCCGUACAUCAGGUGGACGGUGAAAUUGAUUUUUCACCGGAAUCAUACAUAAUAGAUUUACCGCCAUGCUACAAGUCAAUUAUCGAAGAAUUGCCACCAUCAUACGAUUCGGUUGUUGAUAAAUGCAAAUUGGAAACUAAUUGCGUUGCAAAUGUGCACGGUAUCAAUCACAUCUGAUUUUAAUUUUUGUUGUUGUUCGUUUAUGUUUCGUUGUUAUAAUUUGCGAAAGAUGAAUAAUUUUUUGAUAAAUCAGAUGUUACCAUUAUCUGGUUGUAUUACGUAAUUUCAAUGUUAACAGUACAAAAAUGAUGGCAGAUGAAUUAUUAAAAAAUUAAUGAAACUG